AUGGCUGAGCCUGCGAGAUACCACGCACGUGGUGCGCCUUCGCGCGACAAGUUGCUUGGAAUUACGCAGCGCGCGACUCCACUGGCUUUCUCCUGGGCUGGAGAAAUGAGAGUCAACGAGAUUGGACUGGACGGCGAGGUGUUUCAUCUGAAAACUAUCGGUCUCACAGAGGAGCAGAAGAAAGCCGAAGGUGUCACGGAUAAGGAAGAAUCCGAAGCCAAGCCCGCAGAGACCAAGCCGGCUGAAGAGGAGAGCGAAAAGCCGAAGCCGCCUGCCAAGGUGAUCGAGGUAGCACCGGAAGAUGUCAAGAUUCUGACAGACCUCGCUGGAGAGAAAUUUGCGCAAGAGCUUGUGGACAUGUUUCGUGAGGCGCAAACAGCAGACCCAGAGCAGCGCGUCAAGCCCAUCUCGUCGGACCCGAUUGACGAAAAGCACACGCGCGGCCAAAUACACCAAGAGGUGCGCCGCAUCUUCCAGUCCCGAAUUGACACCUCCACCGACAGCAGCGGCGGCAUCGUGGCGACGGCGAUCCGUGACAGGCCGCGCGGCAAGAAGCGCAACCGAGGCGGCGCCCAACAACGCGACAACAACCGGGAGCGCAAAGACAACCGGCCCGCCGCCGAGUACCUGCACUUUACGCUAUACAAGGACAACCGCGACACCAUGGACGCCGUGACGCAGAUUGCGCGCAUGAUUCGGUCCAAGCCGCAGUCGAUCGGCUACGCCGGUACCAAAGACCGGCGCGCGUCGACGGCGCAGCGCUGCUCCAUCCGCUACACGCACCAGCGCAGCCUUGCCGGCCUCAAUGGCAACCUCUGGGGUAUAACGACUGGCAACUACGAGUACCGCGACGAGGGCAUCCAUCUCGGCCAGCUCCUCGGCAACGAGUUUGUCAUUACGCUCAAGAACUGCAAGGUCGUGGACGAGAGCGGCGGCGACUCGGCAAAGCCCCUCGCUGAGCAAUUGGAGCUGUUGAAGAGCAACGUGGGGACGGCCCUCGAACACAUGGCCGCGCACGGCUGGAUCAACUACUUUGGCCACCAGCGCUUCGGCACACAUCGCAUUGGCACGCAUGAAAUUGGCAAGCUCAUCCUCGGCGAUAAGUACGAGGAGGCCGUGCAUGCGCUCCUCACCUACGACCCCGAGCUCGCCGCCAAAUACGAGACGGCCGCCGCCGCCGCCGCCGACCAACAAGACGGAAGCAGCAAGACCAACAUGGAGGAGCUCGCGCGUCACCACGCGUGCAUGCUGUUCCGCACCGGCAAGGACCCCCAAAAGGCGGCCAGCAUGAUGCCGCGCCGCUUCGCCGCCGAGGUGUGCGUGACGCGGCACCUCACGCGCGGCGGCGCCUCGUCGAUACGCGACUUUGUCGGCUCGCUGACGCACAUCACGCGCGGGCUGCGCUCCAUGUACCUGCACGCCUACCAGUCGCACGUGUGGAACCACGCGGCGAGCAUGCGCUGGGAGAGGCACGGUUCCUCGGUGGUCGCCGGCGACCUCGUCAUUGCCGACGACGACGCCACGCCGCUCCAUGGCGGCAAGGAUCAGGACGGCGACGACAUCAUCAACCCCGUCGCCGAUGACGAUGACGGCGCGCCUGUCCGCGCGCGCCCUCUUACCGCUGAGGAGGCUGCCAGCGGGCGCUACACCAUCCACGACGUUGUCCUGCCCACGCCCGGUUACCAGGUCGUGUACCCUGAAAACGACAUCGGCGCGUUUUACGCGGAAUUCAUGGGUCGCGCCGAGAAUGGCAGUCUGGACCCACGCAAGAUGAUGCGCAUGCGCCGCGAGUUUAGCCUGCCCGGGCGGUACCGCAAGGUCAUGAACCGCUUUCUGGCGCCGCCGAGCAUCGAGUUCCGGACAUACACCGACGACAAGGAGCAGAUGCACCCGACGGAUCUCGACGUUCUCAAAGCGGCGGCGGAGAAGACGAGCGACGAGGGGCCUGCGGCGAAAAAGACCAAGGUCGAGGAGGGCGAGGCCGCAGAGUCGGCCGAGGAAAAGAUUGCGGCCAUUGUCAAGUUUCAGCUGGGACGCAGUGCCUACGCCACCGUGACGCUUAGAGAGCUGAUGGGCGACAUGCAAGAAGAGUCGUGA